AUGGGCAGAGCUCCUUGCUGUCCCAAAGAUGCAGGUCUUAAUCGUGGGGCAUGGACUGCUGAAGAGGAUUCGAUUCUAACUAAAUACAUCUCAAUUCAUGGUGAUGGUGGAUGGAAAUAUCUCCCACAGAAAGCAGGUCUGAAGCGGUGUGGGAAAAGCUGUAGAUUACGCUGGUUGAACUACCUCCGUCCUGAUAUUAAGCGAGGAAACAUCUCAGCAGAUGAGGAGGAGCUCAUAAUCAGGAUGCAUAAACUACUUGGCAACAGAUGGUCACUAAUCGCAGGAAGACUGCCUGGUCGAACAGACAACGAAAUCAAGAAUUACUGGAACACCAAAUUGAUGAAAAAGCUGGAAAGCAAAGAAUAUAGUCCUCCCAAAACCGAAGAAAUCUGUGGAACGUCGAAAUCUACGUCUAAUUCUUCAGAGUAUCACCGUGUAUUACGAACUGUGGCGGUCAGAACUACCGUGGUGAGAAUACCAAACAACCCAUACGGAGAGAACACUACUUCAGAACAUCAAGAAAGCAAAUUGCAGAGGGAGGUUUUAGAAAUUGUUGACAACCCUUCAGAAUCGUGGUGCGAGUCUUUUGUUAAUGAGCUGAUCACGGGUAGCGACAUUGAGAUUGUGAAUUAUAGCUCAGCUCAAAAUACAAUGGAAUCUGAAAGCCCUCGCGUGGAAAUACUUGGGCAGCCUUGUCCCACAUUUAUAUCCAGAUUAGUCGACCGCCAGUUGUCAGACUGUCCGAAUGAAGUGAAUACAUGCAAGAGUACAUUGUAUUUGAACGAGAUGUGUUUCCCCGACGACAACCUUCCAUGGUCUCCGUACAAUUUCUCGACAGGUUUGUUUAUAAAAGAGUAAAAGCAAUUGCCUAGGAUUGGGAAGAAUGAAAACUAAAUUAUUUUGGUUCGAAGAUUUUUAUGUCAAAUUUAUAGAAAAUUUUUUCCAGUCAAUACGAGAAGUUAAUGAAAUGUUCGAUGAUAUUGAUACAGAUGACUGGAUAAAUUAAUUACAAUAUUUGAAGAUGUCAAGUCUAUUCGAAGAUUACGAAACUUUGGUGGAAAGAAGCAGCUAGAUGCAGCUACUUUGAAUGUAUGUUGUUUUAAUAAAAG